CUUCCACCCCCCCCAACUGUAUCGGGCCUAGCCACGAGGCAGACAACAGGGGGUACGUUUGAAAAAUCUACUCGCACCUCUUGUCUCUUCUUGUCUUGUCUCCGGAGCGGAGCAAAGAGGCUGACCUGACUCUUAAAUCCGCGCCCAGAAAUGGAUCUGGCAUGCCUGGCUAUCUCCACUUCCAACCAUCAUCCUUUGUUCUAUAAUAGGAGGCGCCAUAGCACCUGUACUCUAAUCUGAUUUCUUUUUCUUCUUCUAAUUCUCACUUCAUUCUCGACAAUCAACAAACAUCUCCCACCUGCCUGCCUUCCAAUGACCUCCCAAGUCGAAGGCCAGUCGGUCUAUGUCCCGCCCUAUGCAAAGGGGUCGGGCCACGAAACAGCAACCACCACUUCGCUGACUUCAGUUGAGGCUGCAAAGGCCGAGCUGGCUAAUGCGAAUGAGAAGGAUAUCGCCAUGGGGACGGAUGAGAAAGAUGCUGCCGCCCUCCACCUCGAUGAUAAGUCUGAAGAGGUCGCCGACGACGACGAGGGGGACUACCUCCCCAUGGGCCCUAAACUAUACCUUAUCUUCUUCAGUUUGAUGAUGGCCGUCUUCUGCGUUGCCCUCGACAACACCAUCAUCGCCGUCGCCAUCCCCCGUAUCACAGAUCAAUUCCACAACCUCAACGACGUCGGCUGGUACGGCUCCGCCUACCUCCUAACAACCUGCUCCUUCCAGCUCCUCUUCGGAAAAUUCUACUCCAUGUUCAACGUCAAAUGGGUCCUCCUCACCGGCCUCGCCAUCUUCGAGAUCGGUUCCCUAGUCUGCGCCCUCGCCCCCACCUCCAUGGCACUCAUCAUCGGCCGCGCCGUCGCCGGCGUAGGAAGCGCAGGUAUCUUCACCGGCGCCCUCGUCGUCCUCGCCCACACCGUGCGCGUCGAGAGGCGCCCCGCAUUCUUCAGUCUCAUCGGCGCCAUGUACGGCAUUGCCUCCGUCGCCGGCCCCCUGAUGGGCGGCGCCUUCACCGAGAAGCUGACCUGGAGAUGGUGUUUCUAUAUCAACCUCCCCAUCGGCGCCGUCACCACCGUCGGGCUCCUCGCCUUCCUCAAGCUCAAGAAGAAGGCCAAACGCAAGGAGAAGUCCUUUUGGAUCACCUUCAAGCACCUCGAUCCCCUCGGCACCGCCAUCUUCGUCCCAGCCAUCAUCUGUCUCCUCCUCGCUCUGCAGUGGGGCGGCGUCAUCUACGAAUGGGGCAACGGUCGCAUUAUCGCCUUAUUCGUGCUCUUCGGCCUCACGAUCAUCGUCUUCAUCGCCCUCCAGAUCUACCUCAAAGACGACGCCACGGUGCCCGCGCGAAUCGCAUCCCAGCGCACCAUCGCCUCCUCCGUCCUCUUCGGCCUGUGCAUCGGCGGUUCUUUCUUCAUCUACGUCUAUUUCAUCCCAAUUUGGUUCCAGGCUAUUCUGGGCACCAGCGCCAUCGGCGCAGGCGUCGACUCCCUUCCCCUCAUCCUCGCACAGGUCUUCGCCAUCAUCCUCUCCGGCGGCCUCGUCACCUACUUCGGCUACUUCGCACCCUUCUUCAUCGCCAGCAGCGUCGUGAUGUCCAUCGGCGCCGGGCUGCUCACCCUCCUCAAAGUCGACUCUUCGAAGGGCGCCUGGGUCGGGUUUCAAUUCAUCUACGGUCUCGGCGUCGGCCUCGGGUUCCAGCAAGGCGGCGUCGCUGCGCAGGCUGUGCUGAAAUUCUCCGAUGUGCCUAUCGGCACCGCUGUCGUCUUGUUCGUCCAGGUCUUGGGUGGAGCGGUGUUCGUAGGCGUUGCGCAGAAUUUAUUCACCACCAACCUCGUUAAGAACCUUACUGCGCUCCACAUCCCCAACUUCGACCCGAGCGAUGUCGUGCAUGCGGGUGCGACGAACCUGCGCCACAUGGUUCCACCCGAGAGGCUGCCAGAGGUGCUGGUCGCGUAUAAUGCGGCGAUUAUGAAGACAUUCCAGCUCGGCUUGAUUCUGAGCUGUUUGAGCAUCCUCGGUGCCGUCGGGGUGGAGUGGAAGAGCUUGAGGGCGAAACCUGCCGCUGCGCCUGUUGAGGCGGCGGAGAAGGCGGAGUUGGUGAAGGCUCCCGAGGUCGAUACUGUGGUUUAAUCCCAACUUUUUUUUUGGGCUGUCUGCCUGCCCUUUCUUUUUGUUUAUGGAGCGGUGUUUGUUUUUGGUUCACAUAUAUCCCUUGGGUUCAUUUUAUUUGUGUAAUUUUUUGGCGGGUAGAAUGAGGAUUAUUGGGCAUAUUUGGGGCAUUGGGAUGGGGGAUUGGGGGAUAAAUAUUCAAUAUAAUGGGGGUUUACAUAGACGGGGUUAUAUAAUAUGAGAGAGGAUCAGGG